AUGGUGCACACUUCCGACAAACAGCACCUCCUGGAUGACAUUGAGACCACCAUCAUGCAUUCAUUGAUGGUGGAAUCCAAGAUGCAACUUGAUCUGAUGGAUGUCGAUGCCACUUGGCACCCUAAUGAUGACCUUGAAGCUUCUGAUGAUGACAUGUUUGAUCAUGCUAUCUCAUUCAUGCUCAUCAGGACUUACAACAUCAUCAGCCAUGAGGUAGUAACCUUUGCAACUGAAGACGAGCAUGCUAAGGCAAAAGCAUGGGUUGCUGAUAAGAGUGGAGUCAAGGAAUGGUCUAGAGGAUGGUUGGUGGUAGAUGGUACACACAUCAAUCUUGCUUGGAAGCCAGCACUCAAUGCUUGCGAGCAUUACUCAUACAAGGGUGAUUAUACAUUCAACAUUGCCCUUGUCUUCCUCCCUCAUUCCUUGUGCAUUGUCAAGUCGGUGGUUGGACAUCCUGGGUCAUCACAUGAUGCGCGAGUCUGGGCUUCAGGCAGUGGUAUUGUUGCAAAGCCUCAUUUGCAUCUUGAUGAAGGUGAGUUUGUCUGGGUUGAUGCUGGUUAUGGCUACUCCAGCUACACAGUUGGACCGUACAGCAACACUGCAGCUGCAAAGAGCAGAGAUCUCCACUACUUCAACUAUUCACUCUCCUGCAUUUGUGUCAAGGCCAAACAUGGCAUUGCCUACCUCAAGAACUGCUUCCAAUGUCUCAUGGGAUUUCAAGGCAACCUGUAUCGAGAAGAGGACCACGAGAAAGCUGCACAUAUGGUCCAGGCUUGUAUCAUUGCACAUACAUUCGCAAGCCAUUAUGAUCGACCAGAUGAGGUGGCAGAAUACCUUAAGGCAUCAGAAACUCUAUCUGAAGCUGAGGUGCUGGAGACCACGUCAGGGAUGGAAGCAUAUCAGCAGGCUACCGAAGAUGCAAGGAUACAACGAAGGGAAAACCAGCAGCAAUACGAACAGGAACAGGCUGCUGCCAUGGAGGGCAUGUCUCAGAACCGAGUCCAGAAGUUCAGGCAGGAGAAAGCACUGGAUCUUAGGGAGGAGAUGCUCACUGCACUCUUUACUUCUCAUGGCUGCCCUUUUGAGGACACAACAGCAGAAUCUCAAAGGAUGGGAAUGACAACAUUGGCCUUCGCCAAAUGGCAGGAGAGACAAAACUGA